AUGGCGGAUAUGCCCAUCGUACUCGACGGAGGAACUGGUUUCCUCAAAGUCGGAUAUGCUGCGCAGAACUUCCCAGAGCACCAGUUCCCCUCCAUAGUAGGGCGGCCUAUCUUGCGUACAGAGGAACAAGCCGGGGAUAUCGUCGUCAAAGAUAUUAUGUGCGGAGAUGAGGCCGCCGCUGCCCGAUCGAUGCUCCAGAUCAGCUAUCCCAUGGAGAAUGGAGUCGUCAAGAAAUGGGACGACAUGCAACAUCUAUGGAAUUACACCUUUUACGAGAAAAUGAAGAUCGAUCCCACCGGUCGCAAAAUCCUCCUCACCGAACCUCCCAUGAACCCCCUCAAGAACCGGGAACAGAUGUGCGAGACCAUGCUGGAAGGUUACAACUUCGGAGGUGUCUACGUGGCGAUUCAAGCGGUGCUUGCUUUGUACGCGCAGGGUCUUAGCAGCGGUGUAGUCGUCGACUCCGGUGACGGAGUCACCCACAUCAUUCCGGUUUAUGAAUCGACGGUGCUGAACCAUCAUAUUCGCCGCCUGGAUGUCGCGGGUCGUGAUGUCACACGCAACCUGAUCGCCUUGCUCCUGCGUCGGGGCUACGCCUUGAACCGAACGGCCGACUUCGAGACAGUGCGUCAGAUCAAGGAGAAACUCUGCUACGUGUCGUAUGAUCUGGAGUUGGAUAAGAAACUCUCGGAAGACACCACCGUCUUGGUGGAGUCGUACACGCUCCCCGACGGACGAGUCAUUCGCGUCGGCAGCGAGCGGUUCGAAGCCCCCGAGUGUCUCUUCCAGCCGCAUCUGGUGGACGUGGACCAACCCGGUAUCGCCGAAAUGCUCUUCAACACCAUCCAAGGCACCGAUGUCGACGUUCGUUCCAGUCUGUACAAGGCCAUCGUGCUCAGUGGAGGAAGCAGCAUGUACCCAGGUCUACCGUCGCGGCUGGAGAAGGAGAUAAAGCAGCUGUGGCUGACCCGGGUGUUGCAAGGGAACCCGGAGAGACUAAACAAAUUCAAGGUGCGCAUCGAAGAUCCACCUCGACGGAGACACAUGGUUUUCUUGGGUGGUGCUGUGCUGGCCAAUCUGAUCGCUGAUAAGGAUGACAUGUGGGUUACCAAGCAAGAAUGGGAGGAACAAGGCGCUCGUGCUCUGGCCAAGCUGGGGCCAAGAUAG